AUGAUUGCUGAAGUUUAGAGUAAUGAAGAUCCCUUGGUAAUGUGUAGAAUCUGUGAAAAAAAAGUAUGAGAUUGAUAUCACAUAAAUAGACAGAUGCUUCAUUGAUAGAGAAUCAUUUAGUUAAUUGUUAGCAAAUCUUUGAGGCAAGAAAGUAAUUGCACUAAUUGGAUGUCUAAAUACAAAAGUUAGCUGAGUUGGCAUAAAAUAGCUUUCGUUCACUAAAUACAAAAUAUCAAAUUCAUAAGUCCAAAUAAGCUCGGUUUACAAAUCAUGAGAAUCAAGGGAUGAGAAGUAGUGCUCCUUUGAAAUUGAAUCAACCAGAAGAUUGUGCAUCCGAUGAAACAGGUUCAAGAACAAAUAAAGUAAGUGUUAUCAUUCAUUAUUAUAGUGCACAGUCAAAUCAAGGUUUGCAAAUUUAGGAACAAGUUUAGCUAAUAAAGAGUCUUCUGAAGAAUAACCUGAACAAAAAGCUGAGAUUUAGAUUGUUUAAGAAAAUAUAACAGGAGAAGAUCUUGAUCGAAUUAUGAAACAAUAGAUUAAAUUAUCGAAGAAAAUAGAACAAUAGAAACAAGGAAUUAAGUUUGCUUAUUCUCCUUCUCCAGAGAUUAAAUAAAUAAGUUCCCCUUUAUCAAAUGGAAUGGGCAGUCCUUUCUCACUUGAGUAAACUUAUCUCAAUAUAGAUUAGUGAUAAUAAUGAAAUUUUAAAAGAUUUGAGAUUACAGUUAAACUCUCUCUCCAUUAUUACUAAAUAUACUGAAGAAACACUAAAAAUUCAUCAUGGUACAUUAUCUAUAUAAUUUGAUCUAAAAAUACAAGUCGAGUUAUUCAAUAUUAAACAUACCCUCUAAAAAGAAGUUCAGGAUCUAGUAAAAAUGACUUUGAAGUUAAUUGAAGUAAAAUUGAAAAAUAUUAUUUAAUUUAGGAAAAGGUUUAAUGUACAUAAAAAAUUUCUAGAUUACAAAAACUUAUUUCUGAUGAAGAAAAGUAAGAAAGCUUAACUCCGGUUAGAAUUAAGAUUAAUAAAGUAGAAAGUGGGAAUCGUAGAACCUCUUUAGGUAAUUCAUUACAAGAACAAUUUGGAAUGCUUAAAAACAGUGGUAAUGGAUCCAAAUGGUUGAAUAAAUAAAAUGUCAUAUCGAAUUUUGAAAAUAAUUAAUAGACAUAAUCUAAAACUUUUACUGAAGGUGUAGGAAAGGAUUGCAUCUUUUAGAAAUGUUUAAGUGAAUCUGAGGAUGCAGGGGAUAGUGAUAAUAAAUCAGAUUCAGAGGAAGCAGUUUCUAAAGAGGUUAAGAAAAAUAUGACUAAGAAAUCACUUGAAGAAUCUUUUGAAAUGGAAGAUUUUGUAUAAUAAUCAAAAAGUAAUGUUAUUUCAUUUAAAGAUUUAAAUUAAAAUAAUAUAAUUGAUAAAUGUGAAUUUGAUAACGAGAAAGAAUAGAAAGUUAAAGGAUAUUAUAGUGAUGGUGAUUUUAAGACCACUAAAUUAGUCAAGAAUAAAUAAUUGUAAAUAAUAAAUUAUAAAAGUAUUUUAGAUUGAAUGUUACACUCCAGGAUUUUGAAUUUAUAUAAGUUUUGGGAGUUGGAGCAUUUGGAGCAGUUUGGUUGGUUUGUAAAAAAAAGACUAAAGAUUAUUAUGCAAUGAAGGUAAUAGAUUGCAGAAAUAAGAAUAUGAAUGAAAUCUAAAAUUUAAGAGCCGAAAAAAAUGUUUUUGAAAUUUUAGAAGGAGAUUUUGUAGUUAAGGCUUAUUAUUCUUUUAUCUAAGAUAAUUGUCUAUUAUUUUUGUUAGAAUAUAUGAUGGGAGGUGAUUUUAGUUAAGUUCUUUAUUAAUAUGGACGUAUUUCAGAGUCAGUAGCAAGAUUUUAUUUAUCUGAAUUACUUUUAGCAAUAGAUUCUUUACAUAGGAAGGGAAUAAUUCAUCGAGAUUUGAAACCAUAGAAUAUAUUAUUGGAUGCAUAAGGUCAUUUAAAAUUAGCAGAUUUUGGAUUAUCUGAGAUAGCAUUAGAGAGAAAGAUAAGAGAAGGGAAAGAUGGAAUAAAUUGUUCAAUAGAUCCUGAAGCAUUACCAAUGAAUGUUUCAAAAAGGAAUAUAAAGACAAAGUGCAAUAUAGAAUUUCAUUUAUAAAAGACAACAAUAAAGACUAGUAUAUAGGAUCGCACUUAAUCAGGUAAGAGGUAGAAUAGAAUAAUUGGAACUCCAGAUUAUAUUCCACCUGAGGUAAUAAGUGGUUAAUCAAUAUCGAAUUUUUCAAUAGAUUGGUGGGCAUUUGGAGUGAUAGCAUAUGAAUUUUUAGUUGGGAUACCUCCAUUUAAUGAUUCAAGUAUACCAAAAGUGUUUGAGAAUAUAAUGAAUAGAGUUAUAGAGUGGCCAGAAAUAGGUGUAGGAGAAGAUAUGAUGAGUAAAGAAGCAUAUGAUUUGAUAAAUAAAUUAUUAGAACCAUAAUAUUAUAAGAGACUUGGACAUAGAGGAGCUGAGGAAUUAAAAUGUCAUGAAUUUUUUAAUGGAAUUGAUUGGAAUAAUAUAAGAAAUGAGGAAGCUCCAAUGAUACCUAUAAGAGAUUUAGAAUAAUUAGAGGAAGAAGAGAGUAAUAUAAAGAAAAAGAAAAAUGAAGAAGUAAAAAUGAAGAAUCGAUUAUAAUCAGUAUAAGUAUCUCAUGAUGGAAAUUUGGAUGAUGUAGCAAACCUAACUAGAAUUGAUUUAUUAGCAAAGAUUAGUUAGAAAGAUGCUGAAAAUGUAAUGAAGAAAAGAUCAAUUCGGAAGACUAUUUAACAAUUUCUAUGA